AUGGUGCCAGACAUGAGGUGGAAAUGUGAAGUCAUUUUAGCAAUUUCUAUCUCUGCUUACCUUGCUCCUACUGCUAUCAUAUUAUUCUUCAAGAAGAUGGAAACAGCCAAAGCUAUAGCUGCCCCAUCUGCUUCUUUUAUAUUAUUUCCCUUCUCUUUCCUUCUUGUAAUUUAUUCUUUUUAUUUUUCUCAAGUCUUUCUUAGUUUUUUUUUCAUUCAACUUCUUUCUUGCACUACUUCACACAAUCAUUCUUUUCUACUUGAUGAUUUAUUUCCUUCCCCUUUUUUUAUUUUCCUUUUCCCUGCUUCAUUUUUCUCUUCUCUUUUCUCUAUUUUCUUUCUUUCCUCUGCACUUUCUCUUUUUUUCUUGUUCCUCACACUUUCUCUUUUUAUCUCAUUCCUUCACACACUCUCUUUUUUCAUUCCUUCAUACCCUCUCUUUUUUUCCUAUUCCUUCACUGGCUCAUUUUUUCAUUCUUUUACACUAUUUCUCCGUUUUUACCACUAUUUUCCAUUCUUUUUUUCACAUUCUUUCUUUUUCAAUUCUUUUCUUAACAAUCCCACUGUUCUCUCUUUCCUUUAUACUUUCUUUUUCUCUUAUUCAUUCAUGCUUUUUCUUUCCUCUCUUUCAGUCUCUUUUUAUCUCUUUUUCCUCUGCUAUAUUUUCUUCCCUUUGUCCUUUACAAUUUUUCUUUUUUUUCUCCUUCCCUAUUUUUCUUUUUAUUUCUCUCAUUUUAUUUUCCUCUUUCUCAUGAUUUUUCUUUCUUUUGCUUCAUCCUUCAUUAGUUUUCUUUUCUUUUUCUCUUUCCAUCCUUCCUUUUCUAUUAUUCUUACUAUUAUUCUUUGUCAUUCAUUUCUAUAA